UAUGGCUGAAUUUGUAGAGCAAUCUAUUCAUUUGGAAACCUUGUCGUUACUUGGAAACUUCUUAGAAGAAGUGGAGGAUUUGAGAUUUUGUGAAUCUAUCUUACUUUCUAAAUCAUUAAAAUAUCUAAAAUUACCAACUAUUCAAUUUCCCAGCAAAACUUACCUUACACCAAUUAAAAUUGAAACGGGAAAGUACCAUUUAAAUUUAAUAUCAUUGAGCGCAUCUGAUAUUGAUUUGAAUCAAUCUAUUGCAUUAAUAUUUAUAUCAAGAAUUAUAACAAAUUCGCAAAAAUUAAAGAUUUUAGAGCUCAAUAGCUGUAAGUUAAGUGAUAGUAUUUUGAAAGUUUUAAACAAUCAAAAAGCUGUAAGAAAUUUAAGAGAAAUUGCUUUGUCUAAUACAGAAUAUGAUAAUAAUAUAUUGCUUGAAGAAGAUAUACUUAAAAUCUUAUCAGGUUUGGAGAUAUCAGAAACAGAAGACAUUGAGCUGACCUGUGUAAAAUGUUACUUAUCGAAUAGUUUAUUUGCACAAAUACCAAACAAUUUAAAAUUUUCGUACAUGAAUUUAUCUUUGAACGAUUUGAGAAAUAUCUCAAUGAAAGAUAUUCAAUUCAUUUCUGCUUCAAAUUUAAGAGAGCUUCAUUUAUACGAUUCAAAUCUCGAUUCAAAUCAUUUGGCAAUGAUAACACAGUCAAGUUGUGAAUUUAAGAACCUUGUACGGCUUAAUCUGUCCAAGAAUAGAUUUUCUGGAGAGGAGGUUAUUAAUUUUAUGAAAAACUUGUCAAAUUUCAACGGAUUAGUUGAACUAUAUAUGUAUGAAUGUUCAAUAGAAAUCAAUUAUUUUCUACGAAUAGCAUCCGUUAUUCACAAAACAAAGCAAUUACAGAUUUUCAAUUCUCUUUGUUUGCCGUGUAAUGAAAUGAAAUUGAAAUCUUCUGAAUUGCAGAUUCAAUUGAAUUCUAAAAGCUUUAAUCUCGGAUUAAUAAAAGAAUUAAUGGACGAAUAUCAUGAUAUAAUGACUUUUCAAUCAUACAUUUGCAGAGAGCCAGUAACUCUGUCUCUUGAAUGUAAACUUGAAUUAUUGAAAAAAUGCGGAAUUCAAUUGAGAAGUAUUGAUAUUGAUGAUUAUUUAUGGAGGGUAGAAAAAGAAAAGCAAUUCCUUUCAAUGUUAAAACAUCAAACCAAACUGAAUGAGAUAACAAUAAAAAUAUCGCACUGUAGCAAUUUCGUAGCCAAUAGAAAAUUUAUAACUAAUAUUAAAGCAAUGCUCAGCCAUUUUGCAGAGCUAAAAACCAUUACUUGUAUUAAAUUCAAUAGAAUAGUACAACGCUUUCAUGAGAAAAUGUUAAAGGAAAAAAUUUCGAGUUCGAAUCAAGACUAUCAGAGUCUUUUAAAAAGUGUAAUGGAAGAGAAGAUCUCUAAAGAUCAUUUGGCAUUCUCAAAAGAUGCUGGCAAAUCAAUUCUCGAUAUUAUUAAUUCUAAUAGAAAUCUUCAAUAUCUUAGUAUUGAAAAUAAUUAUUUUCCAUAUAGUCUGGUGAAAAAUAUAAUUUAUACUAUAGGGGAAAAAUGUCAAAAGUUAACUGCUUUGAGAUUUUCGUUCAUAGAUAUAGAGAAAUAUGAAAGAGAACAGUUAAGUACGAACUUUAAAACUGAGAUGGAAGAACAACGCAACUGUAAAAUAUUAUCUAAGAACAAAUUAGAAGAAUUCUAUUUUCAUGAAAAGGAUCUUGGAUCUAGUAUUGGUCUAUCAUUAUUUGAUGAUAUGCAGCAAAAUUCUUAUAAUCUUAAAAGGCUAUCCUUACCAAAUUGCGGGAAUACCAGCAAUAUUGAAAACGUUGUUUGUGAUAUAAUUAAAUCAAACAAAAAUUUGCAGUCGUUAAAUUUUAAUAACAACAAAUUCACAUCAAAAAUUGGAAAAUUAAUAUUUGAUGAACUUCAGAGAAAUUGUUCAUCGCUUACCGCCAUUGACUUUUCAAAUUGUUCAUUAGAUUUUACAAUUGCGAAAGGAAUAAGUCAAACAAUCGAAAGAAAUCAACAAUUAAAUACGAUUUGUGUUAGUAAUAAUAAACUGACACCGGAAGUUGGUAUAGCGCUUUGCAAAAGUAUUAUGAAAAAUUGUUCGAAUAUUGUUGUACUAGAUCUUUCCGAUUGCGAUUUUGACGAAACAAUUACUGAUGUUUUGGGAAAAGCUAUUGGAGCAAAUUCACACCUAACACAACUCUUUAUUGAGAAAAACAAACUUGGAUCAAAAGUUUCAAAGUCAAUAUUUGAAAAUAUUAAGGAAAACUGCUCUAAAUUAAAUAUACUAAAUACUUCUUAUUGCAAUAUUGACGAAAGUAUUGAUAAGUCUAUUAAAGAAGCUAUUGAAAAUAAUCCAUAUUUAACUGAGCUCUAUUUGCAAGGGAAUAAAUUUGGAUCAAAAGUUGGAAUAUCAAUAUUAAAAGCAGCUAGAAAUAAAUUAUCCAGGUUAAAUAUCCUUAAUCUUUCUAAUUGUCAAAUUAAUGUACAGAUAAAGAAUGAUCUUUGGAAAACGAUUAGAUCAAAUCCUAAUCUUCAACAAAUCUACUUGAACGAAAACAGUUUUGGAUCUGACAUCAUUAAUUCUAUUACUGAUGUUAUUAAAGACAAAAAUCAAAUGACACUAACGGUACUUGCUCUCUCAGAUUGUAAAAUUAAUGAAGAGGUGCAAAAAAAGAUUGCAUAUGCGCUUCGUUUUAUGCCUAAACUUGAAAAGUUACUUUUGAAUCUCAACAAUCUUGGUUCAGUCGUUGGGCCAACUAUUUUCGAAACUAUAAAAAAUCAUUUUACCUCCUUAAUAACUAUUAACUUUAGCAAUUGUCGGUUUGAUCAGAGCACUGGAGCACUUUUGGGUGAAGCAAUUGGUAAAAAUGUCAAUUUACGCGAAAUUUAUUUAAGAAAUAAUCCUUUGGGAUCAAUUGUUGGAUCAUCUAUUUUUAAGAAUAUUAAAAACAAUUGUCAAAAUUUGAAUAUUAUUGAUUUCUUUAAUUGUAAAUUUGAUGGAGAUACUCAAUGUAUUGGAGAUGCAAUAGCAAGAAAUGUAUAUUUACAAGAGCUUAAUUUAGGUGAAAAUAAUCUAGGAGUCGAAAUUAGAAAAUACAUUUUGCAUACUAUCAAAGCUGCUGGUAUUUACCUAUCAACCCUUAAUUUAAGCUCGUCUAUUGAGAAUGUUCGUUCUGAUGAUGAUAAUUUACCCAAGAAUUUUUGGUCAAAUAUAUCAUUGUCAGUCGACUCUUCUCCCUCUUGUAUAAAUAAGAAAACUUUGAAAUGUACCUACAAGCCAACUCGCCCAUAUAUUGAAAAGAGUCAUUCUUCCGAACCACAACCUGAAAUACAGCAAACAAAACCUCUCGACUUGGAAAAUAUCGCGAAAUUUACUGAAGCAGGUAAUUCUUUGAAUUUAUAUUGUAAUUGUCUUCAAAAUGCAAUACCUAUUCAUAAAUCUACGAGUCAAGCUAACUUCGAUACUGAAUAUUCAUUUCCCAAAUUUGAAAAUGAUUUACACGAAAAUUGCCUAAGAAAGUCAAUAUUAGAUAAUUACAUUCGUCGAUCAAAAGUAGUUUGGCAGCAUCAAUCAUUUCAAAUUUACAUUUGGUUAAAAACAAAUGACGAAUACAUCAACUUAGAAUGUGGCUUACGAAUUUAUUUACGAAAAUGUAUAUUACACAAAGAUUUAUUAUUGAAAAUCAACAUUUCUGAAGAGAAAAUAUCAUUUGAGGGAAAAAUUGAUAAUGACGAUUGUAUUGGUUGGUUAACUGUACCAGUUCAAAAUUAUCCUUUAGAUUUCGUACAGAAAAAUAAUGACUAUGCCAUUUCAAAACAAUUUAUGCGUAUAGAAAUUUCAUGGAAAACAAUUUCUAAAGACUUUCCAUUAGGCAUAGUCGAAAGGAAAAAUGCCACAUUGUUUAUUUGUAUUCAAGCCCAAAGGAUUUGCCAUGAUGAUAUUUGUUGCUUAGUGACUAUUAGAGAUAAUUCUACGGAAUUAAAUAAUUUGAAAAAUCUAGUGUAUCUUAAAGAGAUUGAAAUGAAGAAUUGCGUUGAAGAUAGUUUACAUUUAUACAUAAAUAGCCAUCAUGAAAUGAAAGUCAUUAAUAUCAAUUUACUGAGCCGAGGUUACAUAUUUGGAGAGCAUUUCUUUGUAAACCGAAAAGAUAUUCACAUUAAUCUCACUUCAAAUAACAAAAACAUUUUAAAAGAUCAAUUUCCUUUGAUGGAGAGACUGGAAAGUGAAAACUGCAGAUUUUCAAUCAAGUAUUACAUUGGUAAAAAACUAACAUUAAAAAUUCAUAAUGCAAAAUUGGUCCUCACUGAGAAUGGUUUGGACAAACCAACAGUUUUAUCAAUACAAAGUAAAUGUUCGUAUGAAAUUGACAAGUCAUCAGGCACAAUUAGAUUUCAAAACUUUGUGGACUGUCGACCAACAGGACUUUGCUUUUUUCAACCUGUCGAUUUAUACAUCAAACCGCUGUUGGUUUAUAAAAAUGGCGCUGAAAUCUCAACUAACAAUGUUUCUAAAAACGCAAUUUUUCACAAGGCUUCAGGAUUUGCCUGCCUAAAAAUCACAGGCUUUAGUGAUCAUGGUCUACUUGAAAAUUGGGAAAAGGACAAAAUGCUUUACAUUCACUAUUUCAUUUCCAUUCAAAAUAUGAACAGAGGUUCAAGAUUAAACAUUUAUUAUAGUCUAAACGAACCACUCGGCGUAAACCACACAAAAGUUGUCAUAAGAGUUUUUAUCAAAUUUUCAGCAAUUACACAUCUGGUAAUAUUUCUAUUCAAACAAGCAAAUAAACUAACCUUUUCAACAUUUGUCACUGCUCCAUUCAAAGGUGAAACGGCCUCGAUAACUUUACCGUUGGACAUGUCAAUGGAAAAUUUGCAGUCCGACAUUCAGUUCCAAGUAAAGCCAGAUAUUAGAAAUUACAACGGUCUGUUUGAAGAAUUCAUCUCAUACAAAGAAGCAAUUGCAGAAAAUCUCACGCAACAGCAAUUAGAUGAAAACUUUCAGAAAUUUUUCUGCAAAUUCGAAAGAAAUGUCUUCCUUUCCUCAGCAAUGCAACACUGCGAGAUUACUAGCCAGCAUGACAUCAGACGUGGCUUGAGCGAUGGCAACAUUUACGAUACAACAUCAAGAAACCAGGUCGUUGUAAUAAUCAUUGACGAUGGGAACGGAGCAAGAUCGGAAAACGACUGGAUAAAUCUGAAAAUAAUCUUCGCAAACCUAAAACAUGAAAUAGUACUGUGGAGAAAUAUUGACAGAGACGAAUGUGAAAGGAAAAUUCGAUCACUGAAAACGAAUCUUUCAACGUCGAAUGAAAAUGAGAUGAACGUUCAAUCUCUAAUAUUCUUUAUUUUAGCCGACGGAAACAACAACUUGUUUUUCCUAAGCAACAAUUCCACGUUCGAAUUUAAUGAAUUUAUAAAUUACGUCGACAGCGACUUUCACCAAUUCCAGGGAAAACCAAAGCUAUUUUUCUUUCAAGUUCACAAUCAACAAAACUCCGAGAGGGAUCAAUCAUUCGUUGAUCAAAGAGUUGCAAUCAAACCCAUCCCUUGCGAUGACCACGUUGCCUGCCCACGGAACGUCACAAAUAGAUAUGUAUCACACGCAGCCAGAGAUAUCUUCUCGGUUCUUUGUACUCUUAAAGACUCUCCAUCACCCGCAAAUAACUACGGCAGUAAAUUCAUUAGAUCGUUUGUUCUCGCUAUGGAAUUUAUUGCUUUCACCGCUGUACCACAUCUAGUCUAUUAUUACUUUCCACUUGCUCUAGUUUCAAACCAGCUCGGUUUAUCCACAACAGGGAGCUUAUACGGCUCACCAUUGCCCUACACCCCUGCACUAGGCCCAGCACUGCAGAUUUACCUUGCUUUCUAUUGA